AUGGGCCCAAUUCGCAUUGGCAUAAUUGGUCUUUCACCUGGUGCAUGGGCAGCUAAUGCUCACCUACCCUAUCUGCUGAGCUCUGAUUCAAAGUACAAAAUUGUGGCUGUUUGUAAUUCAUCUGCGGAGAGUGCUGCGAAGAGCGUCGAAGAACUUAAGCUUCCAGGCGAAGUAAGGACAUAUGGAAAUGUGCAAGAUAUCGCCGAUGACAAAGACAUUGAGCUUGUUGUUUGCGCUACGCGAGUAGAUCGCCAUUACAUGUCUAUUCUUCCUUCCCUAAAGGCCGGCAAAAAUGUAUUUGUCGAGUGGCCCCUCGGGAGGAGCCUUAUUGAAGCAGAGGAGCUGCUCGAUGUGGCAAAAGAAAAAAAUGUUAAGCUCGCUGCAGUUGGCCUUCAAGGGCGGUUCGACGCUAUUGUCGAAACUUUGAAAGGCAUCUUGGCAGAAGGAAGAAUUGGCAAAGUCCUAAGCACUACAAUCACUAGUCAAGGAUUUAUUGCAGGACAGACGGAGCUUGAAAGUCAGAGUUACUUGGUUGACUAUGAAAGUGGUGGCUCUUUACUCUCAAUUCCGGCUUUACAUUUACUCGAUACGGUUCAGGAAGUCCUUGGCGAAUUCUCAAGCUUCCAGUCUCUCCUUUCAAAUCAACGACCAGUGGUUAAAAUUGUUAAUGCCGAUGGUUCUGUGGUCAAAGAAAAUGCCGAGAAGACAAAUCCAGAUCACUUUAUGAUUCAGGGUUCGCUCAAAUCAGGUGCCGUACUUUCGGCGAUAAUUAGAGGCGGAGCACCGUUUAAGGGAUCCCCUGGACUUGAGUGGAGCAUCUAUGGCGAGAAAGGAGAGAUCAGAAUCACAGGCCCUAGUGCGUUCAUCGAAAUUGUCGGCACAGACAACAUUCAGCUUCACGACUUUGCCACCGACGAGAUAAAGGAAGUUGCGCUUCAGAAUGGUGCUUUUGCCGAGAUGGGUCCGAUAAAUAGAAACUUGGCCCGUGUUUAUGAGGCGAUUGCUGCUGGUGACAAAACUAUACUUUGUGAUUUUGAGGGUGCUGUGAAAAGACAUCAGUUUAUUGAGGAGGUUUAUUCUCAAAACCCCGGAGUGCAGUACAAAUAG